GAAUUUAGAAGAAAAGAAAACUAAAAAAAAAAAAAAACACACAGCAUUUUCAUCCCUCUCAAGGUGCUGUGUUCACUUGCAGCACCCGAAAAUCAAAAUCGCCACCCUUUUUCCACCCAAUUUUCUCCAUAAACCCUAGAUUUACCUAACCCACCGACCGAAUAAGAAAUCCACGACGCGAGCAACAGAUUUGUUUUUGCUCCGAGGCUGUUCGUGUCGGAGCAUCGCCAUGUUUUUUGUUCGAGGAAAUUGAUGAUUUUUCUGGGCACUGGGUCGUGUUUCGUUUGUGGGGUCACCGCGAAAAGCGAUAAGUAACGAGCUUUGGGGUUGAAUCGUGGUGGGUUUCUCGAGUAUGCAUAGAUCUGGAGCUACGAUGGCUUGGAACGUGUUCAAGUUCUGCACGGCUCUGCGAGGAUUGGGCUCGAUCAUGAUAUUGUUGGUUCUUGGGGUCGUUGGUGUCACUUAUUAUGCUGUUGUUUUGACGAAUUAUGGCCCUGCUUUAUAUGCUGGAGGGUUUGAUUUUCUAAUUGCCUUGGCUGUGUUGAUCUUGUUUCAUUGCUUGUUGGUUAUGCUAUUAUGGAGUUACUUCUCUGUCGUUUUUACUGAUCCGGGUAGUGUCCCUCCAAACUGGAGGCCUAUGAUUGAUGCGGAAAGAGGAGAGGCUGAUCCAUUAGUUGGGUCAGAAUUCAGUAACGUGCCUUCUGAUCCCAAUCAACGGGUUCGGUACUGUCGAAAGUGCAAUCAACUCAAGCCGCCUCGAUGCCAUCAUUGUUCAGUUUGUGGGCGUUGCGUGUUGAAGAUGGACCACCAUUGUGUGUGGGUAGUUAACUGUGUUGGGGCUCUAAAUUACAAGUACUUCCUUCUUUUCUUGUUCUACACUUUUCUUGAGACGACUCUUGUGACUGCAUCCUUACUGCCGCAUUUCAUCGCGUUCUUUAGUGAUGGAGAAAUUCCUGGAACACCUGGCUCUCUUGCUACAACUUUUCUUGCUUUUGUUUUGAACUUGGCCUUUGCACUGAGCGUCUUAGGAUUUCUCAUCAUGCACAUUUCUUUGGUGGCUGCUAAUACGACCACUAUUGAGGCAUAUGAGAAGAAAACUACUCCAAAAUGGCGUUAUGACCUUGGUCGUCGAAAAAAUUUUGAACAGGUUUUUGGGAUGGACAAGAAAUACUGGUUGAUACCUGCUUAUUCUGAAGAAGAUAUUCGAAGGAUGCCAGCUCUCCAAGGUCUUGACUAUCCAUCAAAACCCGACUUUGAUUCCCAAUAGUUCUAAAGCAUUCCAAUAUAUAUA